AGAUAUAGCUGGCAACACUACAACAGCGCCAGUCACAAACGUCAAGUGUCAGUCAUUGGAUGAAAACGAAAAGUAAUUGACGUAAAAGUUUGGACGGAAAAAACGAAUUGUAUUAAUCUAUACAAUUGUUGCAGAAAAUAAAAGAAAUUUUAUUGCAAAAGUGUUUCUUACUCUAUAUACGGUAGUUAUUUUAGUAAAUAAGCAGCGUAGAUAAAAUGUACGCGUAGUGAAAAGUGUUUAACUGGUAAGGAGCUUAGCCAAUUGAUUAUAUGGUACAACUUUGGAAAAUUGUGUGUGUUUUGCAAGUCGAUGUAUACGUACAAAAAUGUGCAAAAAGCCUGGUGACCAGUCAGGUAACAAAUGCAAGUGUACUAUACAAUUCGUCGUCGCAAGGCUAUCCACUUAACUGGCUAAUCAGAAACCAUAUUUCAUCCCAAUUGGAAAACACUUAGUUGGUAUUGUAAAUGCAUUGAUAGCAGAUAUUAUACAUUUUUUUGAUGUAAAUAUUUAAACGAAAAUAUUAUUGGGUUGUGCGCAACUUCCGGUGCGGUAAUAAAGCUAAAUAUUAAACUAGUGUCGUGAGUUGAUUCUCUAUUCAUAUUUGUAUUGUGCACUUUUUAUAAAGUUGUGGUGCUGGCAGAUUGCUGUUUAAAAAAUCAUUAGUCGCGUUUAUGGAGAAAACAAGUUUACCUGUAUAUGCAGUUUCGCCUUGUAACGACUAAAUAAAUAUAAUCAUGCUACUGUUAGUAUAUAUGUAGAAAUAUUAUGUUUACAUGUGCACAAAGAUUCCAAUAAGGAAAGAAUGAAAAGCGGCAUAAAGUAGCUGCAAAUAUUAAGAAUAAAAUACAUUGUACUGUAUAAGUUGAGCGACAACUUUGUUUCAAGGCCUUCCAGCAACAGCAGCCGAUCUACAUUAAGCCAAUUCCACACUUUCCUUAUACAGAUUGAAAAUAUUAUUGGCCAUUUGCAUUUUAAUACGCCGUAACGUUAAUACAACCAACGGUUUCACGCUUGAUAAAACGAGAGAAAUACGGCGAAAGAGGCACAAAGUAUGCUGCAAAUAUUGAAGUAGUUGGUAAAAGAGAACCAGUAGAUUUGUACGCGUAAAUAAUCCGAACAAAUAAAUAAAAUAAACUAAAACAAAAGAAAAAUAAAGAAUAAAAUUUUAAAAGAAACCGUUCAACUAUUGCUCGUAUUACCCAUUGACCAAGAGACCUACUGAAGGUGAGCCAACAUGUGCUCACAGCUGAUCGAUUAACGCGGUAAGCAGUGAGCGCCAUAUGACGUCAGUAAAUUUGAUGCAUUCGUAGUAGAUGUAGUGCGUGAAAAAUAAUAAAUAUUUUAAAAUAUACACUAAACGGUACAACACGCGAAAUAGUAAAAAAUACAAUACUACAACUGCUUAUAAUCAAGAAAACGCAAUAAAAACAUAAAAAUAUUAAAGCAACAAUCAACCGCCGUCAACGAUUGCCGCUCACCGUUCGCCAGCGUGUUCAGUGCGUUAAACCGCCACGCAAACGAAAUAUUCCCAUGCUCUUUUUAACAAAAAUAAAAUAAUUAUAAUAACAAAAUAAAAUAAAGUAGAAAUAAACAAAACAAUUCCAAACACACAAUAAAUCAGCGAUGAGCGUAAAAGUAAUAAAUUCUAACUUGUAGCAAGCAUAAAAAGCAAAUGCUUUAAAAAAACACACUCGAAUAUCACAGCUAAAAAGCACUUAGCGCAAACUCUAAAAAGGCGACGAUAACGCCAGAAAUAGAAAAUAAUUAAAAUUUAAUUUUCAAUUAAUUUGGAAACGAGAACGAAGUACUGUUAUCUCAAACCGGAAGAAUUCUGCAUAUCUAGAUUUCGCACGCUGAUAGCGAUAGCAGCGUUGCGACAGUCAUACCUUCACAAAUUAACGGUCUCAAAUCGCAAUCGGCAGUCGCGCAACUAGCGCGUACACACACGGAUACACACGCACACGUCAACUCCACCGAAAAGCAUGUCACAAGUGCCAACGCAAUUUCAACUCACCCUCACCGUUCCGCCGUCAAGUUGAAUGCCAACGUGUGUGUUCAACAAUAAUACACCAUCAUAAUUUAUAAAAUACUCACCAUAAUUUGUUACUAAAAACCCAAUUGUUUGUUUUCUACACGCGUAUCUUUUUUUCCUCGUUUUAGUUCAUAAUUUCAUUUGUGAUGCGGUGCUUAUAAAUUUAAUCAACUAUUUUAAGCUGUUAGCGUUUAAGUGCAAUCGAAAGGAGUAGAGCAGAGAGCAAAAGUAAUUUAAACAAACACAAACUCAUUUUACACAAACAUCAGUUCAAAUUAAAUACCCGCAACACACACAUCCAUACAUAUUUGCGCAAUAUGUCCGCCAUUAAUUUUACACGUAAACUGCGCGGUCGCAUGCGCUCCAAUACCUGCCGCAUCGUCUUGCUCACCUCCUUGGUAUGGGUGAUUGUGGAUUUUGUGCUAAUCGCCCGCUAUUCGGAUUGCAUUGGACGCGACGGUUGGCGGUGUAGGCGGCCCGGGGAGUAUGAUGUGGAGGUGCCAGAUGCACAAAAGCUUAUUGACGAACAAAAUAUGGUCGACGACAAUGAAAUUAACACAGAAAAGAGUUUGGACGGCGAUGCUGGCGGUGUGGGUAAGGGUCCCGGUGGCUUUGCGGGCGGCGGCAUUUCCAUGACAUAUCGCAGUACGUUAUUGAAGAAAUGGCGUUCAGCGCCAACGGUAAAGGAGGAGAAGGGCAAACAAGGCGAAUUGGGUAAACCAGUUAAAAUACCACCGGAAAUGAAGGAUCUGAUGAAGGAGAAAUUCAAAGAGAAUCAAUUCAACCUACUAGCCAGCGAUAUGAUCUCUUUGAAUCGCUCGCUGACCGAUGUGCGGCAUGAAAAUUGCAAGAAGAAGCUUUAUCCAUCGAAACUGCCAACAACCUCAAUUGUGAUAGUUUUCCACAAUGAAGCGUGGUCAACGCUGCUCCGCACCGUUUGGAGUGUCAUCAAUCGGUCGCCGCGCACUCUACUCAAGGAGAUUAUACUUGUGGAUGACGCCAGCGAGCGUGAUUAUUUGGGCAAAAAGUUGGAGGACUAUGUGGCGAAAUUACCGGUACAUACAUUUGUGCUGCGCACGGAAAAACGCUCUGGCUUAAUACGCGCCCGUCUGUUAGGCGCCGAGCACGUGACGGGUGAAGUCAUCACAUUCCUAGAUGCGCACUGCGAGUGCACAGAGGGUUGGCUGGAACCGCUGUUAGCACGUAUUGUGCAAAAUCGUCGCACCGUGGUGUGCCCCAUAAUUGAUGUGAUCUCCGAUGAGUCUUUCGAAUAUAUAACCGCUUCGGACUCAACGUGGGGUGGUUUCAAUUGGAAAUUGAAUUUCAGAUGGUAUCGUGUUCCUCAACGUGAAAUGGAGCGUCGCAAUAACGAUCGUACAGCGCCACUGCGCACGCCUACCAUGGCCGGUGGCCUAUUCUCAAUUGAUAAAGAUUAUUUCUAUGAAAUUGGUUCAUAUGAUGAGGGCAUGGAUAUAUGGGGUGGUGAAAAUUUAGAAAUGUCCUUCCGUGUUUGGAUGUGUGGCGGUGUGCUCGAGAUUGCGCCAUGUUCGCGUGUGGGUCACGUGUUUCGUAAAUCGACGCCGUACACCUUCCCCGGUGGCACAACGGAAAUUGUCAAUCAUAAUAAUGCGCGUUUGGUUGAGGUGUGGCUGGACGAUUGGAAAGAGUUUUACUACAGUUUUUAUCCAGGUGCACGCAAAGCUGUAGCCGGCGAUGUGAGCGAUCGACGAGCGCUGCGCGAACGUUUACAAUGUAAGAGCUUCCGCUGGUAUUUGGAGAAUAUUUAUCCGGAAAGUUUAAUGCCAUUAGACUAUUACUAUUUGGGCGAGAUUCGCAACGGCGAAACGGAGACCUGUCUGGACACUAUGGGUCGCAAAUAUGGCGAAAAGAUCGGCGUCAGCUAUUGCCACGGCCUGGGCGGCAAUCAAGUGUUCGCUUACACGAAACGACAGCAAAUCAUGUCCGAUGAUCUCUGCUUGGACGCAUCGAAUGCGAUGGGUCCAGUGAAUAUGGUGCGUUGCCAUAAUAUGGGUGGCAAUCAAGAGUGGGUUUAUGAUGCAGAGGAUAAAACGAUACGACACACCAAUACUGGCAAUUGUUUGCAACGUCCGUCACGUAGUGACCCGGUGACGCCGCUGUUACGGCCAUGUGAUUAUUCAAAGGGUCAACAGUGGCUGAUGGAAUCUAAAUUUAAGUGGCAAGCACAUUAGUUGUUGUUGUUUCUAAUCAUGAUAUUUACAAUUAGUUAGAUAGAUAGUUGUCAUAUACAUAUAUAAAUAUAAAUUUUUUUUAAUGUUAGUUAACUUUUUAUUGUUUCACACUAACAUUUGCUGAUACAUACUAUAACUAUUAUAUAUACACAAAAGGUAUAUGCAUGCAUACAUACAUGACUUUUACUACAAAAAAAAAAAAAUUUUUUUUACUACUAAAACCUAUUUGUUGUAAUUAUAUAAUGGAGCCAUUGUAAAUUUCGUUUUUAAAUUUGUGCAAGCAGCAAUAAAAAUCUGCACUGAAAUAGUAUGUACGCAAAAAAACAUACAUACCUACGAGUACAUAUGUAUGUAUGUAUGGACCGAAAGAAAAAUAUAUCAAGUUAAUAGUAAAAAUAUGUGCAACAACAAAGUAAUUGAUUAUCUUUGUAAAGUCUUCCCUAUGAUUAAAGAAAAUGAGAAAAUAUAUAAAAAAAAUAUUUAUAUAUAAAAACCGACAUGCAAAUCACGACAGACACACAUAUGGUAUUUGUAGCAUUGUGUAAAAGUAUAACUAGCAUUGAAAGAAAGUGCAAGAAAAUGUUUCAGCAAAUAAUAAUUUUUCUGUAUAUAUGAAAUAUGAAGAGUUUUGCUCCAAAAUUCACGAAAUAACAAAAAUAAAUUUUUUUUAUAAAAGCCACACAAACACACACACGAAAAAUAUUUAAAACGUCCAUUCCAAAUGAAAAGUUAGAAACAACAAGUUUUGUGGUAAUUUUUAGGCUGUCACAGCUAAAAAAUAAUUUUGUGGAAAUUAACCUCGAAAAGUUUCUAUAUAGUAAGUAAUAUAAUUGAAAAGGCGAAAAAAUAGUAAUUGACUUAUUAAAAUUAUGUUUCACUUGUAGUAACGACACAUUUAGCAAUAAGUCUUAUUAUUAUUUAGCUUAAGCUUAUACUAGCCGUUACAUGAAUAGUCGAAGUGUUAAAUUAGAAAAAACAAAUGAAAAUGUUCGUACCAACCGAUUGGCAUUUAAUAGUACACGUCAAAGUUAAUUUAAAAAUUAAAAAAAAUUAUAACAAAAACAUUUGUGUAAACCGAAAAUGUGUCAUAAAAAAAUAUUUAAUGCAUAUGUAUGUAUGUACAUAUGUAUGUAAAUUGCAUAAUUUUUUUUUAAUUUUUUAACGGCAAGCCAAACUUUUGUUACAGUAUUUCUUUUAGUUUAUUUUACUUACGACUUCAUACUAAUUUAAUGCUUUCUAUAUUUUACCUAUAAAUGUAAAUAAUUUAAAUGCGAAAGUUUGCGCUGAACAUAAAAUUUUUAUUCAAUACAAAUGAGUUAUGUAAUUGUGCAAGCAUAAAUACAUGAAAAAAUAUUUUUUUUUUGCAUAAUGAAAUGUUUAUAUGCUAACACUGCGUCAAAAGUAAAAUUAAUUAAUUAAUAAAAAAUUAAAUAAUUUGCAUGCGAAGCUGUUGCCAGUCACUCAUUUGUAUAAAAUAAAAAUUUGAUGCUCACGCAGUAAUGCUAAAAAUAAUGGUUGUAAACGCUUACAGGUAAAAAUUUUCAGUAAUGUUUUUUAAAUAUUUUUUUUAUUCAUAUUUUUUAAAAAAAUUUUUUAAUAACUUUUUUUUUAUUAAAAUAAAAAUUUUCUAAUUUCAAGCGAGUUAAACUAAAAUAUUAUAUACAAUUUAUUAGCAGUAAAAUUUUAGAAAAUUUAAGCGAAAAUUGCAGUGUAAUGAUGUAAGUUAUAAGCGGUGGUACAAAUUUUUAGGCUAAAGAAAUUAUUAUUUUUAUUAUAAUUUUUAGCAAGCAUAUAUCUAUGAUUACAAAAAAAAAUGCAUUUAUUUAUAUUUUUGGUAUCUUCAUAAUAUGUUUGCUCUUAUUUAAUAUUAAAUGUCAGUAUAAGGCUUAGGUGACCACAUUUGUCCCGACAAAAUCAGAGGUUUUUUUUAGUCAUCGAUUUUUUCCAUAUUAUAAGUUACUGAAAAUCGCGACAUAUAAUAGGUGAGAGAGCAACACUAUUUUAUUAAAUUCAUUUUAUUUUUUUUUACACAUUUAUAUAAAAAAAAUUUUGAAUAUAACAAAAAUUUUGCAAACUAUAAACUUUAAAGAAUUUCCACACCAAUUAAAAUAAUAAUUUCAUUAACUGUGUUUUACAUAUAUAAAUAUUUUUGUUUUAAUUUAAUAUUAAAUUUUCAGUUGUCUGUCAGUUGUCAUUAAAAAUUUUUUUUUUUUUAAAUAGCAAAAAUCCUUCCAAACAAUCAAUUUGUCCUUAUACCGUUAAAGAAUUUCCAUACUAAUUAAAAUAAUAAUUUCUUUAGCCAAAAAUUUACUAUCUGAAAAGUUAACUGCAACCGACUUCAAAAACUAAUUAUGUAUAAUGCAAAAACAAAAUAUCAUAAAAAAGUUAAACAUUUAUCAUAUCAUAAAAUAUGUAUGUAUUUAGAAAAUGAAACGUAUGUAUGUAAAUGCUUGGAACCAUCUAAAAUGCGCGCAUGCGUAAGCGACGUAUGUGUCCUGCAGUAAAUUUAAUUAGUCUAAGCAAGGCACAGCAAGUUUGUUCACAAAAUUAGCAAAAAAUAGCAGGUAAUAAGCUCACUACUGUUAUUUUGAGACUGUUGUUAAUUUUUGCUGUAAAAUGAUUUUUGUUUGUAAUUUAUUGCUAUGGUAUUUUUAUAUAUCGUUUUGGUUUUGAUGUUUAAAUGCUCUAUAUAUAUACUAAAAAAAAUGCUGCAAAAGCAUUCAAAACUCUUAAAUUUGAAAAAAAAUAAAUAAAUACUAUAUGUAUAUGUACGUACAUUUGGAACAUUAUAUAAAAUGACAUAGUCAUGAUAUUUUGAUAACUAAUAAGGUGUAAAAAAGUUGCCAGAUCAGUUACAAUAUUAUAACUGAUUAUAUAGAUCCGGUCAUAAUUGAUUAUGUGUGAAAAACUUUUUAAACAAUUUAUUUUUGCUUAUUGACUUAAAUUUUGCACUUAAAAAUAUUUGCAAACUGCUUAUGAUUUUAAAAUUUUGCAACGCUUUUUUUUGGAUUUUUUUUUUAAUUUAUCUAAAAUUUCAAAGCAUAAAUCAAUACUUAGAACUUUUCAAAAAUAUUUGUUUCCUUUUGCUUUUCAUGUACAUACAUAUACAUAUAAGCAUUCCACAGCUUAGAUUUACAUUUUUUUUUUGUGUAAACAAAUCUGUGGAAAAAUAGAAAUUGAUUAGCUUAUCAAUGAUAUUUUACUUAUUACUAUUUAUGUUUGUAAUUAUGCAAUAUCAAUUAACUUUUUUCCAUUUUUACCGUUUUUAUUGUGCAAUGCAAGCAUUUAACGUUCUUUGCAAUACCGUUAACACUUCAAACACUCCUUUUUAUAAACUGUUCCUAGCUAAGUAGUUGCAAGUAAUGAAUAAUUAUAAAAAAAUCAAGAAUGUUUGCAUCUCUCAAUUUGUAACUAAUCAUAAUCAUAAACAAACUAGCAACCAAUAUAGUACAUACAAUAUCAUAAAAAGUCACAACAACAAUAACAUAAAUAAAAUAUAUAGUAAUAAAAAAAAGCGCUAGAAAAAGAUUUGCUCUGUAAGAGAAAUUUAAAAAAAAAA